AUGAUUGGAGUGGGUGGGCAGCAGAAUGGUGGUAUCUGCGUCAACACCAACAAGUGCAGCUGCCCCACCGGCUUCACUGGCCCGACUUGCAACCAGACGAUUAAUGCCACUGUGUCAAGCGGCGUGGACGGGUUCUACAUCUGCCCGCGCAACGGCGUCUGCAGGGUAGCCGCACCGGGCCUCCUGAGCCUCUUUAUUAACCCCAACAAGCUGCCCCUGUUCCUGGUGGCUGCUGGCAGGACCAGCCCGGCUAUCGGCGUGCUAGACGUUAAGUCUGAUGGCUCGCUCACCUACAUCCCGCCCAUCUCAUUUGCUGGCAAUGUCUCCUUCCCAGUGACCAUCACCGAUCUGGCAUCUCUCAGGACUCUCAAUGUGGUGCUGUCCAUCACUGGCCCUGCACCCCCCGUCCCCACGGCUGUGGACGACGUUUUCACGUGCCCCCUGGGCACCGACUGUGUGAUCCCAGCCCCUGGAGUGCUGGCAAAUGAUGUGAGCACCAGCGCAGGCGCAAAGCUCGUUGUCACCAGCAACACCGGAAACGUCACUGUGGCGCCCGACGGCCAGGUCACCCUAAAGUUUGUCCCGGGCUUCUCUGGCAACUCAACCUUCACCUACACCAUCAGCGACGGCGUCUCGUUGUUCACCGCCACAGCCACGGGCACCCUCAUCGUCCCCGGAAUCCAGCCUGCGGGCGCAGGUGUCAGCCAGGUUUUCAACACCUUCCUGCUGCUCACCCCCGCCGACGGCAGCGGUGCCAAUGGCGUGUGCCCCGACCCUGCACCUGGGCUGUCGGAGAUUUCAAACGCUGCGGUGGCCAGGCUGAGCACUGUGCAGAACAUCAGCAGCGUCCAGACAUCUUUUGUGAAGUGCGACUUGGUGGAUAGCGGCAAGAUCCUGGUCACCAUGUCCACCACCGUCGGCGCCGCCACCACCGGGCCCAUCGCCACCCUGCUCGCAGGCGUGAACUCACCCGCCUCCGUUGGCGCCGCGCAGCCCCUCGCCAACAUCUGCGCCUCGACGCUCUUUGCAUCACUGUGCAACGGCACUGUGUUCAGCAGGCUGCGUGUGGUGGAUGGCUGCGCAACAGUCAACAGCCAAUGCCUCCCCGAGACACUGCGCACCAAGCGCUGCAUCGUCAGCGGCCAGACAGUCGGUGGCUACACCUUCGUGCGCUCAAGUACGAGCAGGGUCACACCCUUCUUCGACGCCAACACUGCGGACACCUCGUCGGAGGCUGCCCAGGGUCGCCGCCUGCUGCAGAGGGUCCGCCAGGCCACUUUUCAGUCGUGCUGCGUGAGCCCGAAGCAGAGGGAGCCCGCGACUGGCACUGCGUCCACCUGCAGGAGGAUCAAUGUCGGCAAGAAGUUCACCAGCCUCGGCCGCUUCAAGCCCACGACGUGCAGAUGUGCCAAUGUCCGCGAGUUCGUCCAGUCCGAGAUGUCAACAAAGCUGCCCAAGGUUGCCGUAAACCACAUCGCGGCCAACUACCCCGUCAGCAUUGGUUUUGUCAGCAACGUGUGCUUGCCCAAGCCAACCAAGAGCAACCCCCUGAGGUGCACCAACAAAUUCCAGACUGUGGGCGCCGCCACCGUCAGCUGCAGCAACGGCACCCUGAACCUGGCCUACGAGUCGGCCCCCCGUUAUGUCAUUGGCCGUGGUCAGAAUAUUGUCGUCACGUGCACCAACAGCAGGUUCUCCCAGCUUUCCUCGUGCAACAGUGUCAAUGCAGCUGGCACGGUUGUCAGUCCCUUGGUCACUGGCAACUUUCAGGUCACCAACCCAGACUUUGACUCCGGCUGCGUGUGCAAGUCGACUGGCCGCAAGCCGGUGUUCCUGCUGAGCGCUGUUGAUGUCAUCGCCGGCCAGCAGUGCAUCCCGUGA